AUGCGCGAAAGAGCCUUCUUGUCUGGUUUUGUACUGAGCGUCGUCUUGAUUUCUCUUGUAAAACCAGAGGAAACUACUGAUUCAUCGAAAGUGGGAACCAAGAAGUAUUCCGGACUACCUGACACCUGUACAAUUCUCGACAUAUAUUCGAAAGCUUCUUCGGUAUGCCAAACGCUGGAAGAAGUAUUAUGUAACUGUUCUGUUUCUUCUGACAUUCUGGAGACAACUGCUACAACCAAAACUGCAAAUACAUCAACAAUAUCUUCCGAAGUGACUAAAUGGUUAUACGUGUAUACCACUAUAAGUUCUCCAUACGAACCCAUUUAUUACGAAAACGAUACACAUUGUGUAUUCAUAUAUAAUGUGUACUGGAAUAACCGGACUUCACUUUUAACAACCACCCAAUCUUCAUUGGAAAUAACUGUUACUGCAAUGCUCCCUCAUUCAACAAAUUCUAAGAACCCUACAACAACUCAAAUGUCUUCUGGAAAUUCCGGAGGGCAAAUUAUCGACGUUGAAAAUAGAAUAACGUAUUCAACAGUCAGUUAUUCAUCUACUGGUAGCAAUGGAAAUGGAAUCACAACAUCUAGGAAAAUCGAUGAAGAUGACGUCAGUCAAAUCUUCACAUCGUCAACUACAGGUUCUUCUAACAUUGAAUCAUCUUCUCCAUCACAAGGGGUUUCCAUUUCUGCUCCGGCGUCAUCUACUUCGAGUUUUGACCCGGGAUCUUCUGGUUCAUACAAAUCUACUUAUACUACUCGUUCGACGGAACUCAUCAAAGAUUCUUCUACCACAUCAGAACUUCGAGAUGGAUCAAUUCUAUCUUCCAGUACUGCUGAUCCAUCAACAAUUCCAAUAUCCACAACUCCUUUGUCGGACUCGGGAGACAACUCGUCUUCAAGAGAUCAUAUAACAACUACUGUGGAUCCAUCCUGCUCGAUUAAAUGUCCAGAUGGCUACAUAAUCGGUUCAUCCCUCUGUUUCUAUAUUGCUGAUGUAUCGAACAUCAAAUCUUAUCAAUCGGCACUGUCUUACUGUCAAACUGUGAACCUUCGGAACUUGAUUUCUUUGGAACAUCUUCGUAAUCUGAAUGACCUUCAGAUUCUGCGAACGAAAAGUAAUGUUUUGCAAUCGACGACUUGGUUCUUUGCAAAUGGAGGAGGAUCUGCCCAGGAACGAUUUGAGAAACAAGCUCAGGUAUUCGAUAUCAACAUGUUGACAGCAAUGACGUCACCGAUUGCAAUGACAGUUGGUAUAUCUUAUUCCACUUCGAACACAUCUGCAAUCUGUGUCUUGCCACGUGGAGUAACAUGUUCCUAUACAAAAGCUGUCACCACUAUGUCAUGUGGUGUCCGUGGAAACAUGAUGCCGAACCCAACAACAAUCAGUUGUGAAGAUACGGAGCAGCACAAAAACUACAAAAUACAACUGCUCAGCUUGUGGAAAACUGCUCGAUGUGUUACAAACGAGGAACAGAAAGUUGUGAGGAACAAACGGAUGAGAAUGGGAAAACUGGAUUCAAAUGCAACUGUAAAGGCUCAUAUUCUGUUAGUAAAACCACUAUUCAACUUGCUAGGAAACAGUUUCAAAAGCUUCCAGAUGAGCACAUGCUGGUACACUUCUGAUGCUUGUACUCCGGAUACUUGCAAUGGACAUGGAAAGUGUUCCGAUACUCUUGGAGACAUAAAAUGUGAUUGUGACUGGGGCUACGAGGGAGGAUUAUGCGAAGUGAACAAGGAUCGAGUCUCUAAUACAACCGACGCAUUCUUCAAACGUCUCGGAAAUUAUAUAUUGGAUUUUCCAACUAUUUAUGCUCUUCAAACUAAUACUUGGACGUUUUUGACAAUUUUCGCCAAAACGUUGGGAAAGAUUUAUGUAUCAAAUGGAGAAGAUGAUCCCCAAGAAACUCAUCAAGCAGCUAGAGCUUUCUUCAUGACACUUGGCACAUCUUGUGUUUUAUUCUUCAACGAUCCGUAUCUUUUCAAAAUUUCUCAAGCCACAUGUCGGAUGUUCUUCAUCAUGAUUCACUUCUGCUUUAUGGGAGCAAUGAUUCAAUGGAUGCUUGAAGGGUACAAUGCCAAUCAAGUGGUCCGAUGUGUUCACUUGAACGAAUGGGAAAAAGAUUUCAAAUUUAGAAAAUCAUUGGGGAUCAUGGCUGCUCCGAGAAUGAGUUUCCCAUUGAUUCUUUUGGCUCUUGCACUGGCAUUGGUUUUUAAAUCAAGUGCAUUUUAUACAAAAAACUUUUCAUACCUAAUUUUAAAACUGAAUUCAGACUGGUACUACCUUCCAUCCACUUGGACUUGUCUCGGAGUAAUUUGCAAUCAAACUACAUCUGUCUGGCUCUCAGCUAUUUGGAUUGUUCUUUGUUUGGUUGUCUCCACUGCUGCUUUUGCAGAAUCCAGUGUCUUACUAACAUACCGUCGUCCUUUGUACAACCUGAAAAUCCGUCAAAGAAUUGAGAACAACGUUGGAAUAAUUGAUGGUUGGGUUGCAGAGAAGUGUCGUCGAAACACAGUUCUGUGUUUCAUCGGAGCUUGGCUGCUGUCAAUUACUUGGCUUUUUGCUAUUCUGGCUUCAGAUGAAAGGAGUAAAUAUUUCUUUGGAUGGACAUUGACAGUUGUUUCAACACUAUACGGAUCAUUCAGUUUCUUCCAAGGGCUUUAUACGGACCCAAACACAUGGUCGACAAUUUUAUGGUUUGCUAUGAAAAGAUUCCCUGCUCGUUUUGCUCCAAACUUUGAUCCGAUCUCCAUGUGGACUCGUGAAGAAGUAAACGAACUUACGAAACUUCCAAAGGAUCAACAAGAAAUCAUGAAAGAUCAAACACUUCCUCUCAACAAACGUAUUUUCUUGCAUCAUAAAUGGGAUCGUUUGCUCAACGAAAAAUUAGAAAACGGAUCAGGUGUCGAAGAAGCCCUUCUUGAGAUUCUUCGUGGGGAAAUGAAAAAUCGCCACGUUUUGUCAGGAUCACCACUUCUUAAAAAUCAAUUACAAGAAACAUUCUCUGAAUUCGUCAAGUCUGUUUCUGAAAGACCUCCAAGAAUGGAUUUAUUGGGAGUGAAUGCAAAAAGUGAAGCAGUUACUUUGUGUGCAGAGAAAGGAGACGGAAGUGCACGAGUUGCCAAAUUCAUGUUGGUUCCAGAUAUUGAUGUGUUCAAACCAGCAGAAUUCUAUGAAGACGCCGUGGAUGUAGACAAGAAACGACUGGAAAAUGAAGUGGAUAAGGAGUGCUACAAAAUUGCAAGAGAAGAAGCUGUAUCGCAGAACAAGUUUAUGAAUUCGGCGAUCAAAUUCAAGUUGGUUAUAAUCACGAAAUUAAAAGUUAAAUUCUAA